AAUUUCCGGUCUGCUAACAAGAUGGCUGCGCCCAGUGGCGGUUUCCAACCUCGUGAACGGCGUUUUGCAGUGCAGGAGCAGGACUGGGAUAAUGCGCCGCCUAAGAGGCCCCGGCUUGGGGCAGGAAGUAAGAGCGCAGGCCGAAGGCUCAUUGUGGUGCUGGAAGGGGCCAGCCUGGAGACAGUCAAGGUAGGCAAAACUUAUGAACUACUCAACUGUGACAAGCACAAGUCCAUGUUGUUAAAGAAUGGACGGGACCCAGGGGAAGUCAGACCAGACAUCACCCACCAGAGCUUACUGAUGCUGAUGGACAGCCCCCUGAACCGAGCUGGCUUGCUACAGGUUUAUAUCCAUACACAGAAGAAUGUGCUGAUUGAAGUGAACCCUCAGACUCGAAUUCCUAGGACUUUUGACCGCUUUUGUGGCCUCAUGGUUCAGCUUUUACACAAACUCAGUGUCCGAGCAGCUGAUGGCCCUCAGAAGCUUCUGAAGGUGAUUAAGAAUCCGGUGUCCGACCACUUCCCAGUUGGCUGUAUGAAAAUUGGCACUUCCUUUGCCAUGGCAGAUGUCAGUGACGUGCGAGACCUGGUGCCCAGCAGUGACCCAAUUGUUUUCGUGGUUGGGGCCUUUGCCCACGGCAAGGUCAGUGUGGAGUAUACAGAGAAGAUGGUGUCCAUCAGCAACUAUCCACUCUCUGCUGCCCUGACCUGUGCCAAACUUACCACAGCCUUUGAAGAAGUGUGGGGCAUUGUGUGAGAGCGGCAGAGCCUAGCUCUCAGACAGGACUCUUGGCUUUUGCUCUAUUGACUCCUACGAUGUCUGCUGGAAGAUAAUCUUCUGUACCGAGAUGGUAGAGUGGGAGCCAACACUAUUUAAUUUUCUGUUUUUCCUAUAAAGACUGUGCUUUUCUUUUUUGCAAACCUGAUUGUUUCGAGGCUUUUUAAACUUAGCAGUACAU